CAAGCUCCCAGGCUCCACGCCCAUUUUCCAUUCUCUCUCUGGCAUACAUUGUUGCGUCGAAAGGGGUCCUGGUCCUUUCAUUGUGACCAGCCGCCAAGGGAGUCAAGUUGUUAGUCUGGUUGAUCGCGUACAUCUUUGCUUCGACUUGCCUCCUUCAUUAACUAUUUAUUUGCUGGUGUCACCUUCUCGUCCUCGCCCCUGUCACCUGGCUGGCGAUCCUCAACUGCAAACGCCCCGAGGAGCUUCAGUCGGCAGCAUGUCGAAACCACAGAGCACCAACGGCUCCGAGUCGGAAUUCGAAUUCAUCGAGACUCCCAAGGCUCCUACGCCCUCUUUCGAGAAGUUCGAGGAGUGCGGUGUGCGAACCACUUCUUAUCCCGCCAUCAAGAAUGCUCCCUUGCCAGCCGAUGCCGCCGGUAACGACAGCUUCUCGCUGAUUGCCCUGGCUUUCGUGCUGGGCAUCCCUCCUUACUGGCUGUCAUGGAAGGUCGGAGGUGGAAACAAGACCACUUUGUUCUUCGCCCUCUUCACCACCAUCCCACUGCUGGCUGGUUUCUGGCUGGUUGUGUCGUCUAUCAGCCCUCGCAAGAAUGAGAAGGCUAGGUUUCCUGGCCACCCCGUCGAGCACUACCUCACCUUCAAGAAGCCCGCCGACCAGGCCAAGUACCAUGGCAAGACCAAGAUCCCCAUGGAGACCUUCCAUGAGAUGUACUUUGACGGUGACGUCGAUUUCAACGGUGACUGUCUGGAGAUCAUGGAGUAUAGGCACGACUGGGCCAACUUCCGUUUUACAAUCAGCCUGAUCAAGUUCUUUCUGACCGGCAUGAUUCCUGAGAUGCUCAUGCACACGAGGUCACAAGACGAGGAACAGGUAAGAGAUCACUACGACAGAGGAGAUGAUUUCUACGCCUGGUUCCUAGGUCCCCGUAUGAUUUACACCUCCGGCAUCAUCUCCGAUAUCAAUGCCGAGGAGAGCCUCGAGCAGCUCCAGGACAACAAGUUAGCUGUUGUGUGCGAGAAGAUCGGUCUCAAGCAGGGGGAGCGUCUCCUGGAUAUCGGCUGUGGCUGGGGCACUCUUGCCCGAUUCGCCAGUGCUGUUUACGGCGCGAAGGCUACUGGUAUCACCCUUGGCCGUAACCAAACAGCCUGGGGAAACAACGCGAUGCGCAAGGUCGGUGUCCCGGAGGAGCAGAGCAACAUCUUGUGCAUGGACUACAGAGACAUUCCGGUCCCGGAGGGCGGCUACAGCAAGAUCACCUGUCUUGAGAUGGCCGAGCAUGUAGGCGUCCGUCACUUCUCCAAGUUCUUGAAGCAGGUCUACGAUAUGCUGGACGACGACGGCGUCUUCUUCCUGCAGAUUGCUGGUCUCCGAAAGUCUUGGCAGUACGAGGAUCUUAUCUGGGGUCUGUUCAUGAACAAGUACAUCUUCCCAGGUGCCGACGCGUCCACUCCCCUGGGAUGGUUUGUCGACAAGCUGGAGGGUGCCGGAUUUGAGAUCAAGCACAUUGACACCAUUGGCGUGCAUUACUCUGCUACCCUCUGGAGGUGGUAUAGAAAUUGGAUGGCCAACAAGGACAAGGUGGAGGCCAAGUACGGCAAGAGAUGGUUCCGCAUCUGGGAAUACUUCCUUGCAUACUCGACCAUCAUCUCGCGACAGGGCUCCGCCACGUGUUACCAGAUCACCCUGGUCAAGAACAUUAACUCCACCCACCGUGUGGAGGGCAUCAACACCCAGUUCGGCCUGGCUGGCGCCCUGGCCUCGGCCAAGUUUGACCUGAAGGCCUGGCAAGAGGCGAAUGCUACCCUGUUUCCACAAGCCUCUAUUCCUGCUCCGUAGCAAGGGCCAUCGAAUGCGGCUGUGGGGCUGACGCUUCCCUCUAUUGAUGCGCGGGAAUUGACUUUGGUGGAGGAGGAGGAGGAGGAAGCCGGGCUCAGUGAGCCUUUCUCUAAAGUAGAAGGGUUGACUUGGGCGCAGUUGAAUUAAGAACUGGCCGAGCGGAACAUGUAGAAUAUGACAUUGACGACAUGAAGAUUGUGAGACUUUCCUUUUGGAAGGUAUCAUUCAAGCGUAGGGGGCAAACGGGUUGUCGUCUUCUAGCCUAGCUACUUCAGAGGUUGUGUCUGUCUGCAUGAUGGCAUCUGCUCACGCUCUCAGAAUUGACAAGCCAACAUCGCUUCCACAGC